UGCAGCCCAGAGUGCCGGCUGUCAGGAGUAGUAGGAGGCUCUCAAUUACUCUCUUCCCAGCACCAGCAGCAGGAGGCGGCGAUCCCCUUUUACUCCGUCUCCCACUGCAAUUCGUCUCCAUCUCCAUCUCCAUCUCCAUCUCGAAUCGAUCUCCCCACCCAACUCGGAUCAAUCGCGCCAAUCCACCACAUAAAUCCAUCCAAGGAUUGACGAAUCAACGAUUGAUUUGCGAUCCAUCCUUGAACAAGGCAAUCGAUUUGACGGCAAGCCUGGGAGGGAGGAUCGAUGGCACCUCCCGAUUACGGCUACGGCUACCCCGAUAGCGACGGCGAGGACGAGGAAUCGGUCGAGGAGAUGGCUCCUCCUCCCGAUUACGGCUACGGCUACCCCGAUAGCGAUAGCGACGGCGAGGAGGAGGAAUCGGUCGAGGAGAAGGGCAGGCAGUGGCCACCGGCUCCUCCCGCCUACGGCUACCCCGACGGCGAGGACGAGCGGCCGCCGUACGUCCUCAUCGAUCCGUGCGCCUACUUCGCCGACCGGGACAACGCCACCACCGCCGUCUGCGAGAUGGACGGCCUCAGCCUCACCGGCCGCCUCAAGGUCACCUUUUGCGCCGUCGCCCCGCCGCUCGUCUCCUACUUCUGCGUCCACGCCACCCGCAUGGACCACACCGAGUUCCCCGUCACGCCCUACAUCUUGGCCACAGAGACCGACGGCGGCCUCGUCCUCCUAUGCGUCGCCACCCGCGACGGCGACCAUCACUCCGACUUCUUGCGCCCCCGAAAUUGCCACUACUUCGUCUACGACGCCCUCUCCCGCAAACUUGACCGCCUCCCGCUCCCCGGCUUCCAACACCGACUCAACGAGCCCUCGCUCGCCAUCAUGCGCAAACCCUCCAAAAACACACGCUCCAGCCCCCAUCCCCAUGGACAUGGACAUGGAGACGCGGAGGCCGAGGCCCAUCACUUCGUCGUUGCCGCACAAUCUUACUCUUUCUGGCGUGGAAAAUCUCCUCACCUCUGCAUCUAUGACUCUGCUACAAAGACCUGGAGCAACAAGCCGGUGGUCAUGGGUUCAUCGUAUCCAGAAGUACACAUCACAGGCAAGACACUCACCAUCGGAGGAAGCAAUGGCACCGUGGUUUGGGUGGAUCUCUGGCGCAACAUCGUCUUCUGCGACGUUCUCGUCAAACGCCCCAAGCUUGGCUACCUGAAGCUGCCGAGCGCACCCGACAUGGAGCCACCUUUCGAGGGAAGGUCUCUUCGCGACAUUGCCGUCGUCGGCGACACCAUCAAGUAUGUUGACAUGCUGCCUCACCCCGACGUAAGCCCCUCCCUUCAUUGGAUGGCCACGGCAUGGAGCAUCAAGAAGGCCCGUCGGUCCUGGCCCAAGGAAUGGCACAUGGAAUGCAAGCUCGAUUCCACCCGUAUAAUGGUUGAUGCGGCUCGUACCGUCGCUACCUUCCCAACCUCCUUGUCGUCUCUUUGCGUUGGCCUGCCCACACUCAGCCUGCAGAAUGAUGCCAUUGUUUACUUACUCGCCAAGAUUGACUUCAGCCCAAGCCAACACACAGCUUGGGUGCUUGCUGUUGACAUGGAGAACGAGACUGCUGAGCAAGUGGUGGAGUUCCCGGCUGAGAGGACUUAUUGUGUAGCCCAGGGCUACGACGCAAGUAGGAUCUCCGCGUAUCUCCAACCCACGCCAGGUACACAUCAAAUACCUAAACGACCAGGGGUGCCGUUGCUGAAAUCACCUAGCAAGAAGCACACGGGAGACGUUGACGCCAUGAUGGCAUGAUGUUGCAUGGAAUGGAAACUGACUCUAUAUAUGGCAAUUCAUAUGGCAUGAUGUUGCAUGGAAUGGAAACUGACUCUAUAUAUGGCAAUUCAUAUGGCAUGAUGUUGCAUGGAAGUUUGUAUGAUCUGAAAAUACUGUUCGGUAUGAACGGAGGGGAGUUGUGGAUUAUCAUGUUUCACUGUUAUGUUUUGGUAUGUCGCUUCUUUUGCCUGUCUUUUAGGAUUAUGGCCCUCUAGACCCUGUUCAGGAGUUCCUUUCUUCAUUGUCUCACCGCCUACUCUACCCUAGCAGCUUGUUUAUUAUACAAGCUUGUAUUAUUAGAACUCUAUAUCAACUAUAUAUUAUGUCAGUUGUACUA